GGAAAAAUAGAUGUCAUUGUGUCUAAAAAAUUAGGAGAAUUAGUAUUUUUAAUGAUUCAUAGACUUUAAAAAGUUUUAUUAAGUUAGAAGAAUUGAAUUUUAUGUCUGAAUCAAUGGAAUGGAAACAAAUACAAUCUUUGAUAUAAUUUUUGAUCGUUUUGACUUGGAUAAAAUAGGAAAAGUUUCAAUACGUAAAUUUAUUGAUUUUAUGAAUGAAUUAGAAAAGUUAAGACGUAAUGAUUCAGAGCCCAUUUUUGAUGAUAUUAGUCGAAAACAAGUGGAAGAGUUUAUUUCUGAAAAUCAAAGUCUUGAAGUUAAUAGAAAUGACCUUUUUGUUUUUAUAGAAUCGUUGAUAGGGAAAAAAAUGGAGUUGAUUGCUGAAGAAUCAUUAAUUUCUUGUAAAAAAAGUGUUAUAAAUACUGAUUUAUCAUCACGUUCACGGUCUGCUCCUUUAGAAGUAUCAGCAUUACAACACCAGAAGCCCCGUUGUUUUAGCUCUAAAGACUAUAUAGAAUUAUCAAAUAUUAAAGAAAAAAGUUCAUUAAAUAAUGACUCUAUAAUGCCAGAAUCUUUUAAUAUAUCUCCUGUAUCUCAUUCUACACCUAAUAAAAGACAACUUAAUGACAUAUCUUUUUCUGGAUUUCUUAAACCCUCUAGUCAGAAUUUACUUAGUGAUAUAUAUAGGGAUAAUUUUGUAGGUUCAGAUUUUGUUUUGCCAAAGAUAGACGAUAGUCUUGAAAAAGAAAUUGUUCUUGAAGGAUUUGGAAGUUCCCCGUCUUCGGUUUUACGCAAAGAUAUUUCUGAAUCUUCUUUUGAAAAAUCUCCUCAAGCUUUGCAAAAGGACGAGAAUAUACUUUUCUUAACUGAUUUAGUCAGGAAAUAUAAAGAUUCUGAACGACAAACUAAUGCUUUAAUAAUCAGACAUGAGCAACAUAUAGAUGAAUUGGAAUCCAAAAUUGAGAGCGUAUGUUUAGAGCUCAAGGAUAAAAAAAAAGAAUUAUUUGAAACCAGUUCAAGAGAAAAAAAUCUUUUUAACCAGGUUUCAGUUCUUGAAAAAGAAUUAGAAAAGCAACAAAAAGAAUUACGUUCAUGGGAAGAUAAAUAUCUAAAUAUGAAGACAAAUUGUGAAGAACAAUUGAAUGAAGUAGAACGUGUAAAAAACACAAUUAAAGAAAAAGAGAAAGAGAUUGAAAAAUCUCAGCAAUUAAUUAAAGAUUUAAGAGAAGGAAAAGAUUCUUUGGAAGUUGAACGUUAUUUUUUCUCUGAUAAAAUUUCCGCUCUAAAAGAACAGUAUCAAGAAUUAGAAUUAAAAAAUCAGGAAUUAAACGAGUAUAAAUUUGAAAAUAUACGUUUAAACGAAAUAAUAGAAAAACUUAAUUCUGAAUUAGAUGAAAUUAAAAGAAAUAAAUUGAAGGAAGAUUUAUUAGAAUAUACUACGACAAAUAUAGAAAGAGUAAAUCCUAUGAAUUUAGAAAACGAGCUUUUGUCAACGCUUCAAAAUGAUAAAAUAGAAGCAGACCAAAAUUUAGUAUUAAAUGCUCGGCAACCUUUUAUAGAUACAUUUGAGACAUUGAAUAAAGGUGUACAAGUAAAUACUCUACAAGAAACAAAUAUAGAUCUUGAGCAUGAAAACAAUAACUGUUUAAAUUUAAAUGUUUCUUCUAAGACGGAGUAUAUAAAUGAUAAAAGUCUUCAAAAUUUUCAAGAAAUUAAUAAUCAAUACGAUUUACUUUCCCGUGAAAUAAAUACUCAAAAUCAUUUGAUUGAAAAAUUAUUUCAGCAUAGAUUUAAAAUUUUUAAAAAAAAUGAGUCGAAAAACAAUUUAAAAAUUAAUAAUUUUUUGUUUUUUAUCUUAUUUUUUAAGUCUUUAAAUUGGAUUAUUUUGGUUCUGUGUAUUUGCAUUAUACUUUCUAUUGGCGCUUGGAUGACUAAUCAAAAUUGGUUUGUAUUGUUUAGAGAAAAGCCUCAGGGUAUUACAUAUGCUGAAUUGAAUGCAUGGAAACGAGCAAAUUCUUUGGAUUAUAAGUUAUAUCAAAAUGGAAUUAUAGGCUCUGGAAGGCUAUGGUUAGAAGGAAAUUGGAGAUGGAUUAAUUGUUUAGAAUGGUGGAUAGAUAAUUUAUUAAGAGAUGUUAAUAUACAAUGGCCUAGUUAA